CGGAAUUUGUGAAACAUGAUUUUCUAACUUCGACUCUACAACUAAUUUCAGACAGCCGUUCAACUUCACGAUGAGUGAGCAGACGGCCGGCGAUGAUGAAAUUACCGCCACUACCGAACGUACACCUCUUAUGAGGAGUGAGGAUACUUCCGAGAUCCCAGAGUCGUUCUGGAAACCCGACCAUUCGAGGUCGUCGACGUUGGCCUCAUCCAUCGCCAGCGGUACUAUCGGCGUUCCAACAGUACACGAGCCUAGAGCCAUAAUCAGCUUAUUCUUUCUCAUAAUAUUUGCCGCUUCUGCCGCAGAUGCUUUCAAGCAGAUACCUAUGACCAGAAUAUUUGAGGAUAUUCUGUGUCAUCAGUACUAUGAUAAGGCCUCAGGUCCGGAUGUGCCUAUCGACGAAGAGCUCUGCAAAGUCAACACCAUUCAAUCUAAUUUGGCUUACUUACUUGCCCUUGUCGAAUCUCUGAAUUCCGGAGUCUCCUGUCUUGUUGCCUUGUUCUGGGGCAUCGUAGCUGAUCGGGUUGGGCGCAAGCCAGUGCUUGUGGUUUGUUUAAUCGGCAUGACAUUGAGCUUACUAUGGAUUAUGAUUGUCGGCUGGUUUUCCUACGCGCUGUCGCCUCAACUCAUUUGGAUAUCAUCGCUUGCGCAUCUCUGCGGAGGGGCGCCGGUUUUUCUGGCUUGUAUAUACAGCAUUCUGAGCGAUGUGAUACCCGAAUGGGACAGGUCACUCACUUUCAUGCGCAUGCACAUAACGAGUAUAGUCGGCAACUUGAUUUCUCCAGCGCUCGCGUCAGCAAUGAUGUCCUCAACAGGCCCUUGGCCACUCAUGUUGCUCGCUUUCAUAUUGUGGAUCAUAUCUCUUGCUCUAGUGACUCUAAUUCCCGAAACGUUGCACCCGGAAUUAUCAGAUGAUGUCGACUCUCGGUCCGUAUCGUUCCGGGCGCGCGCCGUGCAGGGUCUGCUCCAGUUGAAAGAUUCAUUGUCCAUCAUUCGAAUACGCUCUGUUUUCUUGCUCCUCUGCAUCUUCUCUCUGUCGUAUCCGGCUAUAAUGUGUACUUUGCAAUUCAUGGUUCAGUUUCUUUCGAAGCGAUACCACAUGCGAUUAGCAGAGACCGGUUACGUUCAAUCCAUAUACGGCAUCGCCCACGUCGCCGUAGUUCUUAUACUAAUACCCUCUAUUACUAACAUAAUCACCAAACCAUCCACACCUCGAUGGAUACGAAUAAAUGAAGAUAAACGGGAUUUGGUACUGGUGCGUUGGUUUUACGCUGCCUCGAUGACCGGAUCUUUAAUUCUCGGCGUUUCUCCGUCUCUAUCGAUCUUCGUAGUUGGUCUCAUCGUCAUGUCUUUCGGGUCCAUAUCGUCGAGCUUUAUCAAGAGCAUCGCGGCAUCGCACGUCGGCUCCGAACAUCGAUCGAGACUAUUCACUAUCAUCGCUAUUGUGGAGGUGGGUAGCAAUAUAUGGACGAUGCCUGCACUUGCGGGUCUAUUUGCGCUUGGUAUGAAAUUGGGCGGGGAAUGGAUAGGCUUGCCAUACCUCGGUGUAUCACUCACGUGCCUCGUCAUGCUGCUAUUAUCAUUGUUUGUGAGAGUACCAGCAGCCAGCGGCAAUGAUGAAGAGUCCCCACUAGUUUAUGAAACCGGCACUGAACCUAGGGAAUGAUGAAAUUGAAGGAGCCGUUCAUUUGAGCUCCAUAAUUGGAACCUAACCAUAAGAUUUUAUUGGGUUCGUUACAGAUUGUUCAAAUAUUAGCGAAUUUUAUCAUACCUCAACUUACAUACUAGGUACCUUACUUAGUCUACGCGCCGCACGGAGACAGCAUAACAAUUACUCUAUACACAAUAGGAAUAUCAGACAAACAGGCCAUACGUCCUCUCCUAUAAAGAGCC